AUGCCCCUCACCUCGAUCCCCAUCCCCCUCCCCCUCAACCCAUUCCCCCUCCCCUCCCACCCAGCUCUAGAUUUCUACACCCUCUACGGCCAGAAAUUCCCCAAGACCCCCGAACAAUGGAAAACCACGAACUGGGAAGAUUUUUAUUCGAAGGAUUAUGGACCAUUUCCCACCAUCACCCGAGAGAUGCUCUCCCUCAACAUCGUCUCUGAUUCCGAAAAGGGCACGCACGAGAUUCAUGCGGAGUUCUUGACCAAGUUGCCGUCCUCGAAAGGGGUGGUGGAGUUGCCGCAGGCGUUUGUGUAUACGCUGGGCGAGGCGGAUGAGGGGAAGGGGACGAGUGGGUGGCAGAUCAGGGAGUUGAGGUGUUAUUAUGAUUUGAGGACUUGGGAGGGGGCGGGCGGGAAGUGA